AUGGCGACGACGGCUGCGUUGCCGCCAUACAUGUUGCCAGGGGUGCCUGUGCACCAACCAGCCCAUCUGGAAGGGGAUCCAUCGCUUGCGACAGAAAUUCUGCCUGGGCCGCCGUCGCUGGUCUCCGCGCAACAGUCUGCCCAAAAGCGCGAUCCCAAGAAACCCUCCACCUUGUAUUCCUAUCUGCCGACUACAGAUCCAGGAUCGACCUAUUCUGGUGUCAUGCACGGUACUCUCAUUGGCCUUGAAGAACCCAGCUCCAAACGCCCCAGGCCCGACAAAGGCAAUGGGAACGCUUCAGGCUCAGGACACCAGCCUAUCGUUUUGGACGCAGAACCCUCCGGCUCAGGUGCUGUGGAUGACGAAUUGGUGGUGUCUCGCUCCAACUCUUCCCUCAACCUCCAAGACCCGCCCCCGCAGCCGACGGCCACCAAGACCUCUAAACGUGACAAAGGCAAGGGGAAGGACACUGGAACACCGCCUGUACGUGUCAAGGAGGAGCCAAAGUCUACAGCGUUGAACACGCCUGAACCAGCUGCCACCAAUCUGCUAAACAACAACGACCACUGUUCUGCUUGUCGAUCUACUGGGUCUCUAGUCUACUGUGACGGGUGUCCGCGAGCUUUUCAUCUCUGGUGUCUCGACCCGCCCAUGGAGAGCAUUGAUGAAGGCGAUAGUCGUUGGUUCUGCCCUGCGUGUGAGAUCCGGAAGAAACCUCCCAAGAAGCGACCAGCCUCCCUCCUAGCCCCCCUCUUGCAUCAACUGGAUAUGUCUAUACCCGUCGAAUUUCAGCUUCCUGAUGACAUAAGGAACUUUUUCCGGGAUGUUGGUUCAGGUCCCAGAGGAGCAUAUGUCGAUUUGCAGGAACAUAAACCGCCGCGACUAAAUCGGCAUGGACAACUGGAAGAGCGGGAUCCGCAUAGACUCAAGGACAGAAACGGCGCCCCUGUCCUGUGUUUCAAGUGUGGCAUGUCAGCCCUCCCGACGGGAUUGGCGUCGAUGGUUCCUACCACGAAACGACCUCGGAGAGCUGCUUCAAAAGCAGUCACACCCGAGAACUUCAAAGAUAUUGUCUCUUGCGACUUCUGCAGCCUCCACUGGCAUCUCGAUUGUCUCGACCCCCCUCUCUCCGCAAUGCCUCCGGUGAACAAGAAAUGGUCUUGUCCCAACCAUGCUGAACGCCUGAUUCCUUCGAAACGCCGUAUCCCUAAACACAAUGCAUCCCCCAUCGAGGUCACGAAGCCACGCCAAUGGAACAAUGGUCACAUCGACGUCAUCCAUCCUGAGACGUCUACCACAGAGGCGCGGCCGCGGGUCCAGGUGGACGAGGUGUUGAUCAACGGCCGUCGGUAUCGUGUCCCUGAAAAAAUCAUCAUCCUCGACUUUUGGAACAAAGUCAGUAAACAUGACUUGUCAGAGUCGAAGGAAGUGGAGAUGGCUUCAGGGCUUUCAUCACCUUUGACGGAACUCAGCUCGCUUGAAGAUGAUGAACCGUCACCUCCCGCUGAUUUUGAUGAGCAAUUGGCAGCACAGGUCUUAUUCAGUCUCUCGCAUGGAAAGCCCUCUGCCCCUCCUGCGACAACCACUGGCUUGAAGGCCAUCAUCAAGCCACCUCGACCUCCUGCUACAGCCACGCCGGCUGCGAAUGGCGUUGCAUCCUCUUCUACCAGCAUCCCGGCCGCUGCUGCACCUCCAGCACCUCUGACAUCCACUUCAACUUCCGUUUCUACCCGUCCCAGUAGAUCGGCAAAGAAAGCGGCUUCUUUGAAAAUCACAUCAGUGCUAAAUACAGAUUUGAAUGGUCUCAGCCUUGACGGCUCGACGCCUUCGUCAAGCGUGCCACGGGAAACCGCCCCUCCCAAAGCGACUGCGCCUGCCUCCUCUACACGCAAGACGAAAUCUAGGCGCCAGACACAAGCGCAGUCGAUUCAGUCGGACCCAAGUACCCGAGAACUUCGAUCUCGUAGUCGCAUUCCAACUCAGGACAGUUCCAGCAGCGUUGCCUCUGUCAAGAUUGUCAAGACCAAUGCCGCACCCAGCCCAUCUGAUUCAAGUGCAACGACUGCUCCCCCUACAUUUCGGACCAUUAGUGUGAAGGCAAGGAUGGAAGAGGUUGACCACGGACUCUCGUUGAUCAAUGGACAUGAGGCCAGCUCUGUGUCAACGAAUGGAAGCCAGCCUACCACGCAAAGGCGUCCGAGACAAGCACGAGUGCCAGCCGCCGAUGUUCCAGCGAAGGAAAGGCGGAGUCGGAAGCGGAAAGUCAGGGAGGACGAGUUACCAGAAGUCAAUCCCAAAGCAGCUGCAGAAGGUAGGGGUAAUGAAGGGAAGAGGUCGAAGAAAGGCGCGAAAGAAGAUGCUGCAGGGCGAGAUAAGCAUAAGGCCACUGUCUCGACUCCGCUGAGGACGACGACUUCGACGAGCACUGGUUUGGAGAUAACUCCAACUUCGUCCUCUCGGCUGCCUCCCCUUACGCCUUUGACUGCGACACCUACUCUCAAGAUCCGACUACCGCGCCUUGGAAGCACUAGUAAAAUUGCAGCACCUUCUCUCCAUGGUUAA